AUCGGCUACAUCUGUCAGCAAGUGCCGCAGUUCUUCAGUCUAUCAUCUGACUGAACGCGUGCCCAAGCAGACAGCAGCAGCUUGUGGCGCGAGCCUGCAGAACAUGCGAUGCAUGGAGUGGUGUCCGGCGCGGAAGGAGGACAGUCGGCUUGGAUCCGUUUGGGUUUUUCAAGGACACAUAAUGUGCAUGUUUCAAUGAGCUUCUGUCAUAGUGUCACAUCACAACGAUGUGAAGCCCGGGACUACAUAAAAGUUGGCCAACGAGGACUGGGGUGUCAAUAAAUGCUGGAAUGCGUAUUGAUUCGACUGAUCUAUGGAUUGUGAUGUAUCUUUUUUGUUAUCACUAUUAAUUAACCUACGUGCAGGAUAAUCUCAUGACGAGCAAGUGAAAAAUAUUGCAUCUCUUGGAUAGUGGUGCCAAGCCUGCGUAAAGCCUAUUUGGUUCAGCGCAAAUCGCUCAUUAUGUCUGCGAUACGCAGAAAAUUUGGCGAGGACUACGAGGUAGUGAACACCAAACGGGACAUGAUUGUUUCUGCACCCGCGAAGAGAAAGCGCCAGCGGUUUGUGGAGAAGAACGGCCGCUGUAACGUCCAGCAUGGUAACCUUGGCGGGGAGACAAGUCGAUAUAUCUCCGAUCUUUUCACCACGCUAGUCGACCUGAAAUGGCGGUGGAACCUACUCAUAUUUAUAUUAACCUACACGGUAGCCUGGCUGGUUAUGGCAUCUAUGUGGUGGAUAAUAGCCUAUAUCCGUGGUGACAUCAAACCACAAGGCCACGACUCGUCAUACACCCCAUGCGUCGCGAACGUCUACAACUUUCCGUCCGCUUUCUUGUUCUUCAUUGAAACAGAGGCUACUAUCGGCUAUGGUUACCGCUACAUCACAGAAAAGUGUCCGGAAGGCAUUAUUCUUUUUCUCUUCCAGUCUCUCCUGGGUUCUAUAGUGGACGCAUUUCUUAUCGGCUGCAUGUUUAUCAAGAUGUCCCAGCCGAAGAAGCGCGCGGAGACUCUCAUGUUCAGCCAGGAUGCCGUUAUCUCGCAACGGGACGGGAAGUUGUGUCUCAUGUUCCGAGUGGGGAACCUGCGGAACAGCCAUAUGGUGUCGGCCCAGAUCAGGUGCAAACUUAUCAAGUCUCGUCAGACUCCGGAGGGGGAGUUUCUACCCCUGGACCAGUGUGAGCUAGACGUAGGAUUUGGGACGGGGGCCGACCAGCUCUUCUUGGUGUCCCCUCUGACUAUCUGCCAUGAGAUCAAUCCCAAGAGUCCCUUCUUUGACCUGUCCCAGCGCUCGCUCAUGAACGAGGAGUUUGAGAUCGUGGUCAUCCUGGAGGGCAUCGUGGAAACCACUGGUAUGACGUGUCAGGCACGGACCUCCUACACAGAGGACGAGGUGUUGUGGGGCCACCGCUUCCUGCCCGUCAUGUCCCUGGAGGAGGGCUUCUUCCGGGUCGACUACUCCCAGUUCCACAACACCUUCGAGGUCAACACUCCCCGUUACAGCAUCAAGGAGCACGAGGAGAAGAACUCCCUGACUUCUCCCAACCCUCCACCAGGCGUCCCCACCUCCCCUCCCCUGGGGAAUGGGGGCCAGAGCCGGGGCCGCAGGGAGAGGAUGCUGUCAGUGGACUUUGCCGACCAUGGAGAGGCUACCCAGGAACAAGCGAUGGGGAGGCUGCCCAGCAAGUUACAGCAUAUGAGCUCUUACAAGGAGGACCUCCGAGCAAGGGUGAAGACUGGAGGAGCCCAGCCUGGGGACAAGGCCUCUAGCAGGGGGGACCAGGGGAAUCUGCCCCUGGGGGUCCAGCGUCUGGUCUCCAGCUCCAUCCCCGGGGGCUUUGGCCAGGGGAAGGUGGAGGAGAAGCUCCAGCUUAAGGCACUAGAUGGGGGUCCUGGUACUGGAGACACCCUGACUCAUUCAGUUGGGGAGCAGGAGAAGUGGAGACUUCCCCCUGCCCUGAGCCCCAUCCUGGCCCCAAAUCCGACCCCUGUCCAAAUCCCUUUGCCUGAGGGUGGGGGGCGGCCGGAGGAUAACCUGCCUGACAAACUGCGCCGAAUGAACGCUGACCGCUGAUAUUGACCGUUAAAUGACUAUUAAUCACUGGAAACAAACAGAUUCCCCAAAACUCUAAAUAGACCUAGGAAGCAAUGCUUAAUGGGUAAUGCGGUUUUCAACAGGAAAUUAGACUACUGUGAUGACUUUUUCCCAUUUAUGGCUAUUUUAACUGGUUGAAUCAACGUUGAUUCAAUGUAAUUUGACAACAUAUGACGUGGAAUCUACGUGGAAAAUACAGUGGAUUUGAAAAAGUUAUCAACGGGAAAUUUCUACCACAGGAUUACAGUGAGGGAAAAAGGUAUUUGAUCCCCUGCUGAUUUUGUACGUUUGCCCACUGACAAAGAAAUGAUCA